UUCAACAGUGAAACCACUUAUCAAGACCAUUUCAUUUUUUGAUGAAACCAGAAAUUGAUCACCUUGAUUAAAUGCAUGUAUCUCGUUAUGUGACAGUAGAAGUGCAAUGCAACUAAAACGUAACACACUGCGUAUUCCUUAUUUGGACUACAAUUCUAGCGUACCUCAAAUGUAAUAUUGCUUUAAAAGCCAAAAAAAUGUUUACGUUCAGACUUGAACUUGUAAAACGCAUGGAACUUCUGCCCUCUUCUCCAUACCAUCAAACAAUCGACUGUGUGCAUUGUAUAUGAUAUAUAAUAACACAUUAAGGAAAUAACUGUUGCCUUCCUUUCCGAAUCCGAUGACAACAACAUUUGGAAGGUCAUCCAUUUUUUCACCAAUAUUUCACUCCCCUUUACCAGUCCAAUAACGGAACGUGAAGGCGUGGCUAAAUGACGCAUUAACCAAUUAGGGAUAAAAUCAAGUUUCCAAGCUUUCAUACAUACAAGUUGUUUGAAGUACUCGUGACUUUUUACUGUGUGUUUAUUCUGUGCAACCGGAACAGAAGGGUUUACUAUUCUUGGAUUCUGGUAGCUAACGUUUUUAUAACAUGGCAAAGGGGGAAAUUACUAAUCUCUCCGUAUUUGACGUGCGCUUUCCUACUUCACUGGAUCAUCACGGCUCCGAUGCUAUGCACACUGAUCCAGAUUAUUCUGCUGCUUAUGUGAUAAUAGAAACAGAUGCAUCAGAUGGUUUAAAAGGCCACGGAUUUACAUUUACUUUAGGUAAAGGUACAGAAAUUGUGGUUUGUGCUAUAAAGGCUCUUUCUGUUCAUGUGAUUGGAAAGCAGCUUAAAGACAUUGUAAGCGAUUUUAGAGGAUUUUAUCGACAAUUGACUAGCGACAGUCAGCUCAGAUGGAUUGGCCCUGAAAAAGGAGUCAUACAUUUGGCUACAGCAGCUGUUUUGAAUGCUGUCUGGGAUCUGGUGGCAAAACAAGAAGGCAAGCCAUUAUGGAAAUUGCUUGUUGACAUGGAGCCUAAGCAGUUACUGUCUUGUAUUGACUUCCGAUAUAUCACUGAUGCCCUCACAGAAGAUGAAGCCCUUGAAAUACUGGAAAAAGCUAAAAGUGGAAAGGCCGAGAGAGAGAAGUACAUGCUGAAACAUGGAUAUCCUGCCUAUACCACAUCAUGUGCUUGGCUUGGUUACUCAGAUGAACGAUUACGACAGUUGUGCACUGAAGCACUAGAAGCUGGCUGGACAAGAUUCAAAGUGAAGGUUGGUGCAGAUCUAGAAGAUGACAUUCGUAGAUGCAAAUUAGUGAGAGAGAUGAUUGGACCAAAUAAUAUAAUGAUGCUGGAUGCUAACCAGAGGUGGGAUGUCAAGGAAGCCAUUGACUGGGUUUCUAAACUAGCACAGUUCAAGCCAUUAUGGAUUGAGGAGCCCACUUCACCAGAUGAUAUUCUUGGCCAUGCUACCAUUGCUAAGGCAUUAGCUUCGAGUGGAAUAGGAGUUGCAACGGGAGAGCAAUGUCAAAACAAGGUUAUGUUUAAACAGUUUCUGCAAGCCUCGGCUCUGCAGUUUGUUCAGAUAGAUGGCUGUAGACUUGCCAGCAUCAAUGAAAAUCUGUCUGUGUUACUGAUGGCUCAGAAGUUUCAAGUCCCCGUGUGUCCCCAUGCUGGGGGAGUAGGGCUCUGCGAAGUGGUACAGCACCUCAUAAUAUUUGAUUAUAUUGCUAUUUCAGGCAGUCUGGAAAACAGAAUGUGUGAAUAUGUUGACCAUUUGCACGAACAUUUCAAACAUCCAGUUGUAAUUAAAAAUGCAUCAUAUGUACUUCCAAAGGAGCCUGGAUUUUCUUCAGAAAUGAAAGAAGAUUCUCUACAGCAACAUAAAUUUCCUGAUGGAAAAGUCUGGCAGGAACUUGCAUCCAAGCCAUAGGUGCUGCCUGUGAAGAGCAUCAAAGCAUUAUGCAGUUUGAUGUUUUUUAGUAAUGAAUGACCAACUUUAUUAGUAUUAAUACUACCAUCAGGUGCCUGUGGAAAGAACACAUUAAACAGAGGUAAAUAGUAUGGGCACAAAAAUAUGAGAAAUGUUUUUUCUAAGGCAGGAAGUGGUUUGCUGACUUAAUAAACUUAAUUUGCAUUGUAUGUACCUCACAUAGCUGUGCUAUCAAAAUCACACUCAAUUUCAUAUUUGUAAGCAUACGUUAGUAGAAUACCAAGCUGUGAAUCCAAAGAAUGGGUGAAGAUCCCAGUUUAUUUUGUGUAAAUUGUGACAUUGCAGGAUCCAUGUGGGGGUGGGUUGUAUCGCUAUGGUAUAAAUGCUGACAUUAUUAAAUUCUGGUAAUUGUCUAUUGCUGUACCAUCGCCUUAAGAUACGUUGCUUUUAUAGUAAACUGUGUUUGAUUAUU